AUGUCUGCAGAGGUUGAAGAUAAAUUCUUAGAGCUAUGUUCAAAGCAUCCUACUGGUCUAUCACAAGCUAGAUUGGAGAGUGAUUUAGGAUAUCCAAUCAAUGAAGCAUUGCUUGUUAUUAAUAAACUUGUAAAAGAAGGUAGAAUCAAAUUUAUACAAAACUCUGAUGGCUCGACCUCAUAUAAAGAGGUUACCAAUCUCGAAGAGCAGUCAAAGAUUAGAGGUCUGACUGCUGAUGAUAUGUUGGUGUAUCAGCUCAUUGAGCAAUCGAACGACAAAGGAACAUGGACCAAAGAAAUUAGAACACAAACCAAUCUUCAACAGACUCAAGUAACAAAGAUUCUUAAAGUACUUGAAACUAGAAAUCUAAUUAAAGCUGUAAAAACUAUAAAUAUGGAUAUAAACAUCAUUAACGAUCGUAAAGCUAUAGCGGGAAGAAAGAAAGUAUAUAUGGCAUACAAUGUUGAACCUAGUAGAGAGGUUACAGGUGGUUCGUUGUAUGGCGGAAGUCAGUCGUUGGACGAAGAGUUGAUUUCAGCAAUGAAGCUGUCGUGUAAUUCAUUCAUUUCAAAUAAGGGUGCGGCCGAUCUCACAGAGAUCAUGAACUACAUGAAGAAAACAGGUGAGCAAGAUCUAACGAUGGAGGAUAUUCAAACAUUGGUCAACAGUUUAAUCUAUGACGGUUUGAUUGAGGAGAUGAGAGAUACCAGAUCAACAAAUAUGUAUGGUAGAAGAAUGGGAGUAAUUUAUAAACCAACAAAAACAAUCAUUCCAGAGAAUCAUUUUACAAAGAUGCCAUGUGGCGUAUGUCCUGUUUUCAGUUUGUGUGCGGAUGAAGGUGAGAUAACACCAAAGAAAUGUGUAUAUUUCCAACAGUGGUUGAAUCAAGAGGAUUUGGAAUUUUAG